GCCCACCCUCACGUGACGGUAACGAAAACUCUCUUCCGAGUGUUCGGUUUUUGUAGUGCUCUGUGUUAUACUAACUCUGGUUCUACGGCUCUGUCGAUCGCCUAACCGAUCUUUGCAAGUGGUCUUAGAAUGGACGACUCGCUGGAGGCGUUGUUAGAAAAGGCAACCAACCCCAAGAACAAGUAUGAGGACUGGGAGUUCAUCAUGGCGUUCUGUGAUCGCGUCAACCUGGAGCAGGAUGGACCCCAGCUGGCUCUGAGGAUGAUUGUACCCAAAAUGAGACACGAGAACGAGAGGGUCAAUUUGCUGGCCCUAGCACUGCUGGAAGCGUGUGUCAAGAACUGUGGGCAGAGGUUUCAUCAAGAACUCGGCAAGUUUCGCUUCCUCAACGAACUCAUCAAAAUGAUCUCGGAGAAGUAUCUAGGUAAACAGACCCCCAGGGUGGUGAAGGAAAAGAUCAUGGCACUCCUCUUCAGCUGGAAGGUGGGGCUACCCACCGAGGGAAAGAUUGCAGAGGCAUACGAGAUGCUGAAAAAAGAAGGACUGGUGUUUGAUGAGUCUCAGGGUCCAGACGCAACUCUGAUACCCGAGAAACAGAAACCCAAAGUCGCUCUGUCGCAGGACCCCAAGCAGGCCAAGAUGCUGCAGAAGUUGCUUGCCAGCAAGAACCCCGAUGACCUCAGAGCUGCCAACAGACUCAUCAGGGAGAUGGUCAGACGGGACGAGAAGCGGAUGGAGAGGAUGAAGCGCCGUCUGGACGAGCUGGAGUUGAUACAGAACAACGUGAGACUCAUGAACGAACUCCUGUCCCACUUCAGGCCCGAGUCAGGGGAGGAUGAGAGACAACUGUUGAAGGAGCUGUACCAGUCACUGGAGAAGAUGAGACCCAACAUGUUCCGCAUGGCCAGCAACCUCAAGCCGGAGGAAGAAGGAAUGGACGAUAUUCUUCAGACCAACGACGACCUCCUGCGAGUCAUGGACACCUACAAGAGAGUUGUGGGAGAGGCCGGGACGACGUCGGCCGCGGCUCAAAAUGGUGGCGGAGAGACUCAGAGGAGCGAGGAAGCUCCGGAAGAGGCGGGGGCUGCAGGAGGCAUGGGGCUAGGGGUAGGCGGAGGAGGGGAUGCCAGCACUCUGAUUGAUCUUGCAGAUCUUGAUUUCGGGUCUCUGCCGGCCACUAGCAAUGCUCCCGUCACAUCCAGCAAUACUGACUCCCUGCUUGACGCUCUUGGAACACUUGAUUUUUCUACAGCUGGUGGUGCACCUGCAACAUCACAGAGCAACUCUCUGCUGGACUUUCCUCCAAUCCUUACUAACCUCGCCCCUGCUUCCCAGCCACAGGCAGCUCCAGCCAACUCCUUCCCCACUUUUCCAACAUUUUACCCUUCCUUCCCCCACAUGUCUGGAGUAACUCCCUCCACUACUGCCGCUGUACCCCAGAUCCCCGGGGUACCCACACCCCAACAGCAGCCGUUUGUCCUCCCACCGCCUCCCUCUGUGCAGAAUCCAGUGUUGACAGGGUUUGGAGGAGCUGGCCAAAUCAGACAGCAAACUCCAGUUCUUCCCACCUUGGGAGGGCAGUCGUCACUUCCAAAUAAUGCCACCCCAAUGACAAUUCCAAAUAAUGCCACCCCAGCGACUGUGACCUCUCUCGGCCUUCUCGGGGAUCUAAACUUCAACCUGAACCUCGGUCCCCAGCAGACCUCCACUGGGGGGCAAAUUUUGGGAGUCCACCAGUGGGGGGCACUUCAGAGCGACCCCCUGGCUGUCCUGGCAGAUCUCACAGUGCCCAAGGAUAACAUUCAGCCCAGCACUGUGCCUCCUAUUCCUGUCAUGAACAAGAACUGCAUAUCAGUCUCUUUGUGUUUCACUAAGAAUGUUCCGGCUCCCCAUGUAAUGGUGGUGGUCAUUUCCGCCAUCAGUACCAACGCUCUUCCAGUGACACAGUUUCAAAUCCAGGUGGCAGUACCAAAGGUGAUGAGAGUAAAGCUGCAGCCACCAACAGGCACUGAGCUGUCUCCUUUUAACCCUAUGCUACCUCCAGCAAACAUCUCCCAGAUCAUGCUGCUCGCCAAUCCAACAAAGGACAAUAUUCGGCUGAAGUACCGGAUCAGCUGGAUGUUGGAAGGGGCAGAAACCAUAGAGACUGGAGAAGUGGCAAGCUUCCCAAAACUAUGAGCUCAUUACAUUGCCCGUCCCCCUGCAUAAUAUGACUGUGAAUAGUACGUUAUGAUUUGCAGGGUGUCACAUAUAUACUCUUGUUUUAUCCUUAUUAAAAAAUUUGUACAUAGUAUCAUUUUUGUGGAUGAUUAUGUUUAUGGAUCUGUAGCUGAAUUUUUGUCGACAGUGGUAGUUGGUGGUGAUUUACUAGUGGAUGGAUGUGUGGGCGUCUGUGCUCGUGAAUGGUCUAAAGUGGCAGUUGUUUGUCCACUAGUGGCAGGGGUUGGUGGUGGCUCUCCAGUGGUCUGUGGUUGUGCCACGUUGGCGGGGUUGUCAGACCACAACUGGUAGUCCGGUCUAGUCGGAAAUCUCUUCACGUUCCCACAAGUCAGGCACUUCACCACCACAUGUGUCUCACGAUGAGCUCUCACUCGGUGUGUUGCCGUGACUCCUGGAACAAGUAGACUAUCGCAACCUUUGCACAGCAUUCUUUUCAUGCCAGGGUCCAUUCUAAGAACGAGUCUCUUGCCAACAUUCUUCAUGGUGUGGACGUAGAACCUCGAUAGCUGCGGAUGGGAAGGGUUCGCCGAGAGCACGGCCAGGGACGCCUGGAAAAGAAAGUUCAUCCGCAUAAAGGCCUCUCUGUGUGGAACGAUGCUUUGCUUGCUGCCUCGCUUCUGUUUCUUGCCCAUUCUCUCUCGCGGUGAGUUUCUGUUGGUGG